AUGUACAUUGAAAUAAAAACUUAACAGAAACUGUGGGGAGGUCGAUUUACCGAAAAUAUUGAUUCUGAUUUUCAUAAUUUAAAUGCAUCAAUUCAUCUCGAUAAACGACUGUAUGCCGAGGAUAUACAGGGAAGCGUAGCUUAUGCACGCGCUCUUUGCAAGGCAAAACUUAUCUCACAAGAAGAGAUGCAAGCUAUAAAAACAACUUUCAAACAGGUGCAAGACGAAUGGGAAAAUAACAAGUUUGUCAUAAAACAUGAAGAUGAGGAUGUACAUAGCGCUAAUGAACGAAGACUUUCGGAAUUAAUUGGUGAUAUAGCAAAGAAAUUACAUACUGGAAGGAGUCGCAAUGAUCAGACUGUGACUGAUACCAAAUUAUGGCUUCGAAAGUCAAUUGAUAAACUUCUGUUUAGAAUAAAAAAUUCCAUAGACAUUCUCCUAGCUCGUGCAGAAGAAGAUAUAGACGUACUUAUGCCCGGAUAUACACAUAUGCAACGGGCACAACCUAUAAAAUGGAGUCAGUGGUUACUUAGUUAUGCUUGCUACGCGAAGCACGAUUUGGAAAGACUAUUAGAGGUGCGUAAACGCGUAAACAUCUUACCACUUGGUAGCGGUGCAAUAGCUGGAAAUCCUUUCGCCAUUGAUCGUCAAUUUUUGGCUAUGGAACUUGGUUUCGAUGAAAUUACCGAAAAUAGUAUGCAUGCUGUCGGAGAUCGAGAUUUCGUCGCUGAAUUUCUAUUUUGGUCAUCAUUAUCAUCGAUACAUCUGAGCCGCUUUUGCGAAGAUUUGAUUAUCUACAGCACUCAGGAAUUUAAUUUUGUUCAAUUUGCUGAUAAAUAUUCCACUGGUAGCAGUCUGAUGCCUCAGAAGCGUAAUCCGGAUUGCAUGGAAUUAAUACGUGGAAAAACUGGCACUAUAUUUGGAAAGUGCACUGGUUUUAUGGUGACACUUAAAGGAAUUCCAUCGACGUACAACAAAGAUCUUCAGGAAGAUAAAGAAUCUUUAUUUUAUACAUACGAUACGUUAUAUCAGAUGUUUCAUAUCGCCGAAAAAGCAUUGGCCACCUUGAAAGUAAACAAGAAAAGUUGCGAGAGGGCUUUAACAUCCGAUAUGCUCGCAACUGACAUGGCAUAUUAUCUUGUUAACAAAGGCAUAUCAUUUAGAGAAAGUCAUCAUCUAGCUGGAAAAGCUGUCGCUUUGGCUGAAUCAAAAGAGAUACCGUUGUCAAAGUUGUCCAUGCAACAAUUAAAAACGAUAAGCGAGGUGUUUGAAGAAGAUAUAUCAUGUAUUUGGGACUUCAAUUGCAGCGUAGAUCAAUACAAAACUGCCGGUGGAACUAGUUUUAAAGCAGUACAGCAGCAGAUUAAUAGUUUGCGAUGUUGGCUGCGUAAUUAUUCAUUAAAAGAAUAAUUAUAUCGAAAGAUAUUUAUAUCAAAUU